GAAGUCAUCAUAUUGAGCAAAGUAGGACAGAUUCAGAAGACAACUAUCCCAGGUGCUCUCUCAGGAGCAGAAUCUGGACUUUAAGACAAGAAAGGGGAAAAUUGCAAAAAGAAAGAUCAGCAGAAAGGCAGAGGAGAGUGGGUAGCCUGUGGUAAAGAUAACGAAAACAUGUUAUAUAUGCAAGGGACACCAUUAUGAAACCCCUUAUUCUGUACAAUUAAGAUGUGCUAAUCAAAGGUAAAGUUAACUAUCAAAUUCACAUAUUUACUUCUGGCACAAGGUGAUCCUCCAUGAUGCUAAGCAUUUGAUGCAAACGUGGAAUAAUUUUAAAGGAAUCAAUGCAGGAUAUAAAAAGAUUCCAUUAAAAAUGGUGAAGUAACAAAUGCCAAUUAAGUAAAAAUUACUUAAAUUACUGGGAAAAAAUGUUAAAAGGUAAAUAAGUGAGAUCUUUACAUUUAAUGGCUGGAUUUUACCCAUAUAAAGUGAGCUUCAAAAGUAGAGAUUGAAGAAUUUAGAGAACAAACAUUGCAACUUGGAGAAGCAGAGAAGAAAAUAGAGCAAGGUCCAUGUCAGAAACAAAGGAAACAGUGCCAGAAAGAUAGUAAGCAUGUAGAAAAGACUGGGAAAAGCUAAAAGGACGUGAAGAAUUGGUAUUUCACACAGAGAGAGACACACACAAACCAACAUUACACAAAUCAAGAUAGUUAACUAAAAUCUGCUUUGAAUAAUAGAUAACAAAGCCCACUAUGCCUCUAGAGAAGUUAAAGCCAUCAGUGGAGACCUAUACCCUCUUAAAGUUAUGUCCUUAAGAGAGAAACAAAUUAUCCUUUGAAAAUCCAUGGCAAAGUUCCACACAGAAGGAAGGAAAAAGUGAACCAAGCUUUGCCUCUUCCACAGCAGAGCUAAAGGACAACGGAGCAAUAUCUAAGAAAAACCCAUGGAAAAUGCAGUAGCCCAAGAAUGCCAAUGCUCUAUCCAGUAAAGUAUAACGAACGGUUCUGAACAUAAGAAGAAUGCAAGGGAUGCAAUUGCCAGGAGCUCUUCAAUCAACUAAUAGAAAAUGAACUUUGACCCAGCAAGAAAUGACCAAAGGAAGCCCAGCUAUGUGCACAGGGUUUAUUUAAAUAUAGAGCUAAAGCAUAGAGGGAGAAUCAUUGGAAGACUAAGUCACUUGGCAGCAUGGCACAAGACACUUCAAACACAAUGACUCGUCUCCAGACUUUGCAGACCACUGUGAAGUGGUACCAUGUGGAGUUUAAAGCUGAAAUCCUAUUGGAUACAUACUCAACCAUGCUAUGUGAUCAAUCCAUUAUCUUGGCCAUGAACUCCAGUUUUGUUGAUCCUUUGUUGCAAUUUGAGUCACAGUUGAGGAUAACAGAGUUAUCUUUCAAAAAGGCAUUUUCCUUACCAACUCUUAACACAGUGAAAUCAAUUGGGAAGAACCCUGAGGAGAUCAGGGACCUGCAGAGUUUAUAUGAAAAUAUUUUCAAUGUAUAUGAAGAUACUCUUAUUAUUUUAGUGUCUAAAGACUUCUACAAGAUACAGAUCUUAAAGGAAAUGGUCACCUGGAUGAGUGAGAAUAACGAGUACCUACAAGAACGAGUAAUGAUGGUCAUCACCAAAGUGCUCAUCUUUGCAUCCAAGAGAGUCAAGAAAUAUAUAAAUGCACUGCUGCUGCCCUCCUACAAGGACCAAACCAAGAGAGGAGAGACGAUAAGACACCAGUGUGUACAAAAUGACCAAGGAGAAGAACAGGUCCCAUCAAGUUCAAGUGAAGCAAAGUUUGCUCUUGGCAAGGAUAAGUCAGGGAAAAGUCAAAGGAAGAAUGUGGGCCAGCCAAGUAUUGAUGCUCCAUGUUUAGGUCUCCUGGCAGCAGAACUCUCACUUUUGUGUUCCCAUGAAGAUCCCUUAAUCACACAACAAGCAAUCACAGGGAUGAAUUACGUCCUCAAAAUUGCAAUGUAUCAGAAGUCUAAACUUGUAAAACGCAAAUCUAGCAUGGCAAGUGACAGAGAGACCAGUAACCCAAAGGAGAUAACUUCUGACUUUGAAUUACUAUCCAAGACCAUGCAAGGAGACAGAAACAAAAUUGCCCAGAGUGUGGGACAGACAUUACUGCCCCACUUGCUGAGUGACUUCGUGUGGACCCUCCUGAGGAAGCUUUUCUCAUCUAACAAGGAAUCAGCACUUGAGGCUGCAUUCUUACUGAAUCUGACUUUGGAGUAUCAUGCUCAGAAGAUCACCACGGUGUCUAAAAUCGUGGAUAACAUUUAUGAACAACUCUAUGGGAAUUUUUCCCACCCGAUGAACGUUGUCUUGUUGCGGGUUAUUAGCCUGCUGACAAGAGCCUUCCCUAAGAAGGUGAUCUUUCAGCUCAUGGAGUUCCCAGUCCCUGCAGACAAUGCGCUGCUGCUGAUGUGGCAAGCAGCGAGUGCCGAUUCAAGUGUUGCGCCUCAAGUGCUGAAGACAAUCUUGUCAAUACUGAAAGGAAAGCCUGUGGAGAUGGAGGAAACCCUGAUAGAAAGAAGACGCUUCUCCCUUGAUGCUACCAACAUGAUGCCUGUGGCGGCAUCUCAGGCCCUGUGCACAUUUCUACCGGUGAAAUCUUAUAAGAAAGUGGUGGCCAAGCUCUUCCCCGAGUUCCUGAUGGCCCUCAUGCUUCAACUCUUCUACUGUAGUCAGCUUUUAAAAGACACGGCACAGAACAGAUCCAUCUAUGUACGAGAUGGCCUGAAGGUUCUGCUGAAUAGCUCUGGACUAAAAGAAGUGGAUGACGCUCUAGAGAAAAAGAAUUUCUGGGACCAGUUUUCUCAAGUCAUGGAUCACCAGUACGGGAUCCACCUCAUCGCAAAAACUCUCAGUGAAUGUAACUUUCCACAGUUUCCAGAGACCCUGCAUUAUGUCUACAAGGUUGCAGUAGAAGGCCCUAGAAGGUCAGAAGACAGUAUCGUCACAAUAAUAUUCUUUGCUGAACUUCUGAACAACUUCUUCAAGGAAUCAUUACCGAAGGAAUUUUUGGUUCUCUUCAGAAACUGGAUUAAUGAUCCCAAUCCUUCAGUUGGCAAAAUGAGUCUUCAGAAGAUUGCGAGCAUGGCACCCGUUUUCAGUGAAUUAGAAAACGUCUGCAACCUGUUACUCCCAGUCUUGGAUGCUUUUCUUUCCAAAGAGUACACUGUGGUCAUCCGGGCCAUGCUCACCCUCCGAAACAUUUUGACCAAACUGGACAAGACGAUCUACUCCACGGUGUGUACCAGGAUUGCUUCCAGCUACUGUCCUCUUAUGGAUCAUGUUAAUAGUGACAUUCAAUGCAUGGCCAUUCGACACUUUGGUGAAUUGCUUCUGGAUAUGAGUCAUUACAAACGGAUGCUAAACCAUGUAAUCAUAGGAAGUCUUGUGCCCCUGCUCCUGUUUUUGGAGUCUAACGAAACAAGAAUUGUGAAUGCUUGCAGAUAUACAUUAACUAUCUGUUUCUCACAACUAAAGUGGUCAAUAUCACAUCUGCUCAAAGAGGAAAAUUACUGUUUUGAGUCAGUGGUUCUCAGCAUCUGCAACAACCUUCUUUCUUCUUAUGAGAGUUACAUUACGGAUUUAAUAUCUGGUACCUUAGGGUUCCUGUGGAGCUCCCGAACAUUUCUGAAGAAAGGAGCCACUAUAUUAGUAGGGUACUUGGGGAAAUCUGGAGCACAUUUACUUCUCAAAGAAGAAAUUGAUGUCAUGAUUGAGGUUAUUGAACGAGUGGCUCGGGACGAAGAUCCUGUGGUCAAGUUGUUGGCAGAAAAAACCCGUAAGAUUUUUAGAGAAAUCGCCUAUAGAAUAGCCUCUUCAACCAUCAAGCAGACCUUUCGAAGAUGGGCUAUGAUGUUCCAUACCAAAAAAUUGAAGCUUAUUUAUGACUUGGCCAAUAUUACAUCCCUUGAGGAGAGCAUUCCAGAAGACUUUACAGAAGUGAAGCCUGAAGAUAACCUGGGGAAUGUUGCUGAGGAGAAAGCCGAAUAUCUCUUUCAAGAGAAACGAGUUUCUUUUGCCUCUUAGUAACCUCAGUCUAUGCUUAAUCCUUUUCUGAGGAAUGCUAAGUUAUCACUAACCCUUAUAAUUAUUAAAAUAUAUAAAUCUGA